GUCGCCUGGAAUCCCUCCUGGAAUCUCGCCCCCGCUACUACCUGAACCACUGGGCCGGCCCGGCCCGGGACUCCGCCCCCGCCAGGACUCCGCCCCUCUCCCAGAAACAACCCGUCACAGACCCGCCCCCUCUCCGCCCCUCCUUACCCCAGCCUCCGCCCUCCGGUCCGGGCGGGGCUCCGGGUUUGAACCGCGCGGCGGGCCUGGCCUCCGAGUCGGGUCGGGCCCAUAGGCGGCAGCGCGGAGCAGACAGUCGGCGGCGCGCGGCAUCAUGUCCCCAGGCAGCGGGGUGAAGAGCGAGUACAUGAAGCGCUACCGGGAGCCGCGCUGGGACGAAUACGCGCCGUGCUACCGCGAGCUGCUGCGCUACCGGUUGGGCCGCCGGCUGUUGGAGCAGGCGCACGCGCCCUGGCUCUGGGACGCCUGGGGUCCGGAUAGCCCCUCGGACAGCUCGGCCUCACCCAGUCCGGCGCCCAAGGGCGCGUCAGGGGAGCCCUCGGCAUCCUCUGCGCGGGAGGAGGAGCAGCGGGUGGGGGAGCGCGGCGCGGAGCUGCGGGACGCGGAGGAGCAGAACGCGGUGCAACCAGGCCUGCCUGCACCGCCAAAAAAAGACACAGAAGAAAAACCUGACCAACAACCUGGGCCAGGAGAGGCUGACAGGGCAUCCGGUGGCCCUGUACCACGGCAGCAGCCUAGUGCCUUGUUUGCCAGAGGAAGUAAGAAAGCAGCCAGAAGCCCUCAAAGACCAACAAGCAAAACAAGAGAGAACAAGCACCCGUUUGCUCUCUAUGGCUGGGGAGAGAAGCAGAUGGACACAGGCAGCCAGAAGACACAUAAUGUCUGCGCAUCGGCCUCUGCCCACGAGAUUCAUGAAUCAGCACUUCGAGCCAAGAACAGAAGGCAGGUGGAGAAAAGGAAACUGGCUGCCCAGAGGCAGCGGGCUCACUCGGUGGAUGUGGAAAAGAACCUGAGGGUGAAGCCGUCUUCCGCAGAGAGCCCGUGGAUGACUGAAUACAUGCGGUGCUACUCAGCAAGGGCCUAG